AUGAACCAGUUUGGAAGUGAGCGAUUAGGCCAGAUGCGCUCGCCACAAGACGGUUACCGUUCCUCCGGUCAAAAAUCCAAAAACAAAUUCUCUCGAGAAAGUGAUAUUGAUAGUUAUGAAUCUGAAAGAUGGAAACCAAGACCUAACCAAAACGGACCAAGUCCCAAUGACUUCCCUUAUUACAACCGACCUCCACACUACGGCCAACCUCCAUAUCAAGACGAAUACCCGUUCCACGACCCACCUCCGCACCAUGGUGGAAAUCCACAUUACGGUGGACCCUCAAAUGACGGCGGACCCUCAAAUGACGGCGGA